UAGUACAUUGUAAUUUCACUCCAAAGAGAAAGAGGAAUGGGAAUUCAGGGGUUUUUGCCGCUAUUGAAGUCGAUUAUGGUUCCAAUCCACAUUAAGGAUCUGAAGGGUUGUUCUGUAGCCGUAGACACCUACUCUUGGCUCCACAAAGGUGCCCUCUCUUGCAGCACCGAACUCUGCAAAGGGAUGCCCACUACCAGGCACAUUGAGUAUUGCAUGCACAGAGUAAAUUUGCUGCGCCAUUUUGGGGUUAAGCCUAUUCUAGUGUUUGAUGGAGGGCUUCUGCCAAUGAAGAGUGAACAAGAGAACAAGCGUGCCAGGGCUAGAAAGGAUAAUCUUGCACGUGCAGUUGAACAUGAGUCAGAUGGAAAUUCAGCUGCUGCUUAUGAGUGCUACCAGAAAGCAGUUGAUAUUUCACCUCAAAUUGCAUGUGAACUAAUUCAGGUAUUGAAGCAGGAGAACUUGCAGUAUAUUGUUGCUCCUUACGAGGCAGAUGCCCAGAUGACAUUCUUGGCAAUUAGUGGACAAGUUGAUGCAGUUAUAACUGAAGACUCUGAUCUUAUACCAUUUGGUUGCCCAAGAAUUAUCUUUAAAAUGGACAAGUUUGGUCAAGGUGUUCAGUUUCAGGAUUCCAUGCUACAAAAGAAUAAGGAGCUUAGUUUUGAAGGGUUCAACAGACAAAUGCUUCUUGAAAUGUGUAUUUUGAGUGGCUGUGAUUAUCUGCAGUCCUUGUCAGGUAUGGGUCUCAAAAGGGCCCAUGCAAGCAUUAAAAAAUUUAGAAGUUAUGACAAGGUUCUUAAGCACUUGAGAUAUAGUGGAGUUUCUGUGCCUCCCUUUUAUGAAGAGUCAUUCAAGAAGGCUAUACUUACUUUCCAAUAUCAACGGGUUUAUGAUCCAAUUAAUGAAAAUAUUGUUCAUUUGUCUAAUAUAUCUGAUGAUAUUGGUGAUGAGUUAGACUUUUUAGGCCCAACCAUGCCAAAAGAUAUAGCACAAAGAAUAGCAAAAGGGGAUCUUGAUCCAAUUACCAAAAUGCCAUUUGAGGUUUUGCUUCUCUUGAAGCAAAAAGGAAAUUCAGAGCUCCUCGGGUGUCACCUACUGCUGCUAAUGAAACAAAGAACUCUACUGCAUAUUGACUCUGAGAAUUGGGGCAGUGUCCCUCCUCCUAAUAUCCAUAUUGGAUAUAGUUCUGCCACAAACAAUUCUGAAUUUACAGAGUCUCCAUGUCAUGAGAAGAAAAGCCCUGAACAUACAGUACUGCGAAAGCCCAGGCAGCCAAUUCAUAAACCGUGUCUAGGGUUGCAUGGGCACACAAACGUCCAAGACACAGCUGAAGGAAAAACCAGGGAGGAGGCAACAAGAAAGGUAACUGUAAGGAGUGCUUAUUUUCAGCACAAGCAAGUGGAAAAGAAUGUUUAUGGCGAAAAACAAGAUUGCCUGUCAUCUGGCAUUGCCAUUGAUGAGAGAAAAAAUGCCUUAUCUGAAUAGGCGGCCAUUUUUAUAAAUUUUGUAUGUCACUGAAUAAGUGUAUGCCCCCAUGUUUUGUAUUCUCAUUUAUUAAUAUCAAUUGAAGAAUAGAAACGUUUAUUGGUAUGAAAUUAGCAUAUCGCCGUAUUAUGUUAUAAAA